AUGGUGCUGACUUUUGCGGUGCUGUUCCUACUUUCUUGCUCAUCCGUUACUACUUUAUCUAUACUCGAUCAAAUACAUAGGGUAAAUGAACCGGUACCAGUUUGUGAUGCUUCAAAUUCAAAUAACUCGUACAUUUAUUGUAAUGGAACUUUAUUAAUGGCUGUAAACUUUCACGAACUGUACAAUGAUUCAAAGACUUUUGUUGAUAUGCCUAUGAGAUAUGAUCCAGGUGCGUUAUCUGUUCGAGACAGGCUCCCCGCUACCUCCAAUCUCUCCCUUCACGAGGUAAAAUUUACCCGACUUUUCAAUCUAGGCUCAAUGUUCGCGGAAGGCUUGCUCAGAAACUAG